AACUCCACAGCUUAGGACAAUCUUAGCUGUGGUACCAAGGAGAGAGGGGGCACACGUAGAGCUAUGCCAAAGAGUGCAAUGGGAGUCGGAAGGGACAAAUAGAAGAGUAUUUUUAAAAUAUUGAGCAGAGUCAUUGGGUUGUACAAAAGAAGGUAAGUGAAAAGAAUGGGUUGUAGGUGCCAUUUGGCUGUAUGAGAAGAAAUGAAGCCGCACAAGUUUCCCAAAAGCAGGUGUGGAGUUUCUAAAAAGCAGGUGCUGUGUGUGCUUUCCUACAUCCCUGGAAAUGUGAUCCCUGGCCAAAUAACACCUCCUUCAAGCUCUGGGACUCUUCUGAUGUCUGGACCUCCACCAGAGUCAAAUCAGCACUGAAGAUGAGAAUGGAAAUUAUAUCCUGUAGCCAUAAAUUAUGAAUGCUGGUUUGAACAUGAUUUUUAAAAAAUUCUAUGUGGAAGGAGAGUGAUGCAAACUGUGCCUCUUCUUCAUUAACAUCAAAGUUGGAUUGAAGCUCUUCCGAACCCGUGAACACAGACUGCAACAUCCACACAUCUGAUAGUGUCAGGGAGCACUCUACGCAUCUCCAUUGGCCUAGUUGCACCUAAUCUUCCAGCAGCGAAAAGAUCUUAAACAGAACAACAAUUGUGACCCAGCAACAUUUUUGCAAAUGGCUUUCUAAGGGAGAAUGAUCUUACUUAAACAGUUGGCCAUAUUUUCAAUUCCAGAAAGGGAAGAUCAGUCAUCUAGCAGACCAUUUGGACCAAGGAGGCACUGGCAUUUUUCUAAGACCGUGGCAGCACACCUGGCUGGUGUGGGCUGGACACCUUCACUCCACGGACAAUGAGCCCAGCUGUCUGGAUGCUUCUUUUGGGAACCAUCUCCCAGGGUUCAGCCUCUCCCACCAUCAUCCCUAAUCAUAAUCCUCUGAUUGUGGCCCAUGGAGACCCAGUGAGCCUCCUUUGCUCUGGGAAUGCCACCAUAAAGUGGGUUGGCAUGGAGAAGAAGGAUAAAGUAGAGGUGUACAACAAUGGCACACUCCAUAUACCCAAAGCAUCUUGUAAGAAUAUGGGAAACUACCAGUGUGUCUUUGACAACAGCACGGAUGAGGAGCCUGCCUCUGUAUAUCUCAUUGUGAGAGAUCCUAAAUCACCAUGGUGUCUAGCCAAGAAGAACUUUGAAGUGACAGAAGGCCAAGAUGCAUUGUUCCCAUGCCUCAUCACUGACCCAGGAUUCACAAGCAAUGUUACUCUUAUGAAAAAUGAAGAGUCGAUAUACUCUUCAAGGGUCUCUUUCAGUGCUCAAGAGGGAAUACGUUUACACAGAGUAGGCAUGGAUGAUAAGGGCUGGUACCAGUGUCGAGCCCUUGUUCAAGGACAGUGGGUGCAUUCACCCAGAAUUGGCCUUCUCGUUAAAGCCAUCAACAUACCUAUCUCCAUCACCGUCGGGGUAAAAGACAAUGUAAGAAUCCAAGGAGAACCUUUCAACAUCUCCUGCAAUGUUAGUUACCCUUCCUUCUAUUAUCAAGUUCGAUGGGACUAUCCUUCCACUGCAAAUGUGAGUUUGGAGAAUCGUGAAAGUUUUGAUGAUUCUAGUAAGAACUACAACACACAAUAUAUCCUAUCCAUCCCAGCAGUACAAUUGAAUGACAGUGGGGAAUAUACUUGUUUAACAAGUUCUCCUGCCGGCAAUUCCUCAGCAAACCUGAAAGUGAUAGAGAGAGGUUACAUUCAUUUGUCCACCAUACAGAACAGAAUACAGGAACCAAGUCUGCAUAAAACUCUGGAGCUACAGGUUAUUACCGAGGCAUAUCCUAGGCCUUCUAUAUAUGGAUGGAAACACGUAAAUUCAUUAGGAAGCCCCAGGGAGUCCAUACACAUUGGCCAGAUGAGUUUUGGCAACAACCGGUAUAUCAACACACUGAAACUAAAUGAUAUUAGGGAAAAACAUAGUGGAAUGUAUACGUUCUUUGCCAAUAAUAAUGAAACCAUUGCACACAUUACUUUCAACAUCUCAGUGAAAGUCCCACCUCAAGCUAUGCUGAAAUUCAACAGCUCCAACAGUCUUUGGUGUGAAGUCAGUGGCUAUCCUGCUCCACAUAUUGAGUGGUAUCAACUACCCCACAAUCAUAGUACAGACAGAUGCUAUCAAAGUGGUAUGCUGUUCAUUAAUGACACUAACCCAGAGAUCGUCAGUGAACUUCCCUUUGGAAGAGUGUUAUUGAAGAGUGUUCUUCAAGUUAAGGAGAAGAAAGGCAACACACUAUUUUGUUGCUUAGCUAUUAAUAGCGCAGGAAAUGCAUCUAGCAUUGGAUCUUUUGUUCACACCCUUGAAGUCAAUACUACAACCAUUGCUAUUCUCUCUAAACCAGCUAUCAUAGCCUGGGCAGGCGUAAUGGCUUUCCUCCUCCUGUGUAUCAUGGUAUUAUUCUACAAAUAUAAACAGAAACCAAAGUACCAAGUCCGUUGGAAGAUAAUUGAGGCCUGUGAAGGAAACAACUACACCUUUAUAGAUCCUACACAACUUCCAUAUGAUGAGAAAUGGGAGUUUCCCAGAAACAACUUGCAGUUUGGAAAGAUCCUAGGAGCUGGAGCUUUUGGGAAAGUCAUGGAAGCCACAGCUUUCGGGUUGGGGAAGGAAGAUUCUGCCCUGAAGGUAGCUGUGAAAAUGCUGAAAUCAACAGCACAUACUGAUGAACAGGAAGCCCUCAUGUCAGAACUGAAGAUCAUGAGUCACUUAGGUCACCAUGAGAACAUCGUGAACCUGCUGGGCGCAUGCACCCAUGGAGUCCCUGUCCUUGUGAUUACCGAGUAUUGCCCUUAUGGGGACUUGCUGAAUUUCCUGCGGAAGAAAGCAGAGUGUCUCAUAAUCCAGGAUUUAACAGUAGAGACUUCCCUUGAUAGUACAGCAACUGACUAUAAGAAUGUCUACAUCGGGAAGAAAUACCUCCAAAGUGACAGUGGAUUUGGGAGCCAAUCUGUAGACAGUUAUUUGGAGAUGAGAUCAAUGACCGCAUCAGGUUCUGUGCAAGUGAAAGUAUCCGAAGAAGAAACUACAGACGGACAGCCUCUUAGCCUGCAUGACCUGUUGCAGUUUUCCAAUCAGGUGGCUCAGGGAAUGGCCUUUCUUGCAUCCAAAAAUUGCAUCCAUCGUGACCUGGCUGCAAGAAAUGUGCUUGUGGCUGAUGGACGAGUGGCCAAAAUCUGUGACUUCGGCCUGGCUAGAGAUAUAAUGAAUGAUGCAAACUAUGUUGUAAAAGGCAAUGCUCGCUUGCCAGUGAAGUGGAUGGCCCCAGAGAGCAUCUUUGAGUGUGUUUACACAGUUCAGAGUGAUGUGUGGUCUUAUGGUAUUCUUCUCUGGGAAAUAUUCUCCUUAGGAAGAAGCCCCUAUCCUGGCAUGAAGGUGAACAGCAAGUUUUAUAGCCUGGUCAAGCAGGGAUAUCACAUGGGAAGGCCAGAUUUUGCUCCAGAUGAUAUGUACAAAAUCAUGACAGCGUGCUGGAACCUGGAGCCCACUCGCCGGCCUACCUUCAAUCAGAUCUGCACUUUCCUCCAGAAGCAAUUGGGAGCCAUGAAGGAACAGGAUUAUAAAAACUUACCAUGCAAUGCAGAAGAAGAAGAAGACAGUGGAUGUGAGCCUUCCAGCUACUGCGAAGAAUCCUGUGACUCUGGAGAAAGUGAACAAUUGCUUUUGAACAGCAACAACUACCAGUUUUGUUAAAGGUGAUAUGAGCCUUGCCCUCAUAUUCACUGAAUUUCCACUGAAAUACAGAUAUAAUGUACUCAUGCCUUUGGCAAUAUUUUGCAUCAGGUGAUUUAAGCCACAGAAUGUAGCCUUGCCAUGUACCGAUAAUGCAAUUCAGAAUCAUUCUCUAGAAUCCACAGGAGUGUUAGCUGGAACCAUAAUUUUUAAAACUGAGAAUGGAGUUGUGAAUUUCAAACUUUUUUCUUUCUGUGAUACACAUCCUAUAGGGCAGCUCUGAAAGCCUUAUUGUCUUUAGCUAAACCAUUUUGUCUGUCUGUGAUAAUUGGUAAGAUCAGCUAAAAUGAAAAUCAAUAGACCCAACCCAAUUUAGCUCUAGAUCAGGGAAUCAUUCACCAUAGGUCAGCAGUUCUCCACCUUUAGCUCUCCAGAUGCUUUGUACUUCAAUUCCCAGAAGUCCAAGUUAGCAUGGCCGGUGGUCAGAGAUUCCUGGGAGAUGAGGCCCAAAUACUUUGAGGACGAAACUGUGGGAACCACUGCCUUAGAUGAAUCCUGGCAUUCCAAAGGUAUGACUAAUUCUGCAAGAACAAAAGUACGCUCUAAUUCUCCAUAGAGAAGGAACUUCUAAAAAAUAAGGAAAGAAUCAUAAAGUUUUCCCCUCCUUUAAGAUCACUACUGCAUACUGUGCUAAAGAAGAAGAAGUAAGGAAAAGUGUAUUGUCGAAGGAUUCCAUGGCCGGAAUCACUGGGUUGUUGUAGGUUUUUUCAGGCUAUAUGGCCAUGUUCUAGAGGCAUUCUCUCCUAACG